AUGGGGACAAGCUGCAAACAGUUUCUGGCCGGAAAGGUGUUCAAUGACGAGGAAUUUGUCACAUAUAAAGCUCUCAGUAGAGCGCAGAGAGUCCACAGCAACCAGGCCAAGCGAAUGCUAUAUGAGUUUCAUCGCUCUGAAAAUGAGAAGAAACCAAAGUCUGUCCAUGCUACUUAUCUGUUGACCGGAAUUUCUGGUCACACCAAACCAUUGCCUUUGAGUAGGAAUCAUUUGAAAGAUGGCGAAGAUGAGGUGAUGCAGAGCAGUCCCGUCGUGGGCAGUCAGCCAGCUCAACCUGAGACGACAGAAACUGUGGCUGGACCUGCUAUUACUUCUGUAUUACUCGUUCCGGAAGAAGAAUUGGAGGAUGCAAAGUCCCGUUUCCAGAAGGUUUUAUCCAUUUUUGUAUACAGCGUACAGCCGACUUCAAUGCCAGACUUGAAUGUGUUGGCAGACAUUGGACAGAUAUCAUCUACUUCUCCUGGGGACGAUGUCUUUCAGCACAAUGAAAAGUAUGGGAUGAUCCAGAACAAGAAUGUUAAGAGACGAUCGGGAACACCAGCGUCUAUGCCGAUGCCCAUUAAAGAAGAGAACCCAAUACAGAAAACUGUGGUCAAAAAGGCAGAACAAGAGCCUCCUGGUAAGAAAUCUAUGACCCAGUCUACGGAUAAGAAGCCAGAACCAUCUUCAACUCCUUUUCGGGCACUGGGAAGCUCGCAGUCAACAACCAAAUCGUCUCAAGGCAAGCCUACACACAAACGUGACUCUUCAAGUAUAUUCAAAGCUUUCGCCAAAUCAAGGCCAAAGCAACAGACGAAGGAUAACGAUGCAGAUUCGACACCAAACGAGUCUCAGAAUAAUAUGCUAGAUGAUGAGUCUGAGGAGGAAAGAGAGGACCUUUUCCUGGAUACUGGGAAAAAGACUACCAAUAAAGAACAAGAAUCGAGAAAAGAUCGGGAAGAACGCCUCCGAAAGAUGAUGGAAGAUGAGGAUAUGCCAGAUGCACCAGAAUCGCCGCCCGAGGAAGAGCAAGCGCCUGAAGAAAGUGACCAAGCUUCCCUGGAAUCAACCCCAGCUCUCCCACAGAAGAAGCAGGAGCCCGAGCUUGAACCAGAGUCCAGUGUGUCAGAGACACGGCCAACGGGUCAACGGCGAAGGGGCAGACGGCAGGUAAUGAAAAAAAAGGUGUCAAGGGAUGCAGAAGGCUACCUAGUCACCAAGGAGGAACCAGUAUGGGAAUCCUUUUCAGAAGACGAGCCCGAACCCCAGAAAAGAAAACCGCUGCCAUCUUCAUCUGCAAAAUCGGCAAAGGGUGGUGCCAAAUCCAGUCAGGGUAGUAUCAUGUCGUUCUUUGGUAAGAAAUAG